CUACAGGUAGAUGUAGAGCUUCCAGGUGAGGGUGUGGCACAAAGAAACGUUCCACUUCAGACGAAGACAAAGAAAAGCUACCUUCAUCAUGGCAUCUUUAUGGGAUGACUUGGAAAGCCUUGUGAGUUCACCUGUAUCUUCAUCAGCUGACAAUGGACAAAGAGGAACCAUCAAGCCUAAAGCCAACUUUAAUGCACAAGAAGAUGCUGCAGCUCUAAAGAAGGCCAUGGAAGGACUCGGAACAAACGAGAAAGUCCUGACUGAAAUUUUGACCCAAAGAAGCAACGCUCAGCGGCAGCUCAUCUGUAAAGCUUAUCAAGACGCCACUGGCAGAGCGCUGGAGAAAGACCUGAAAGGAGAGACUCACGGAGACUUUGAAAGGCUGCUGGUGGCACUCAUCACUCCCCCUGCAGAGUACGACUGCCAUGAAGUGAUGCAGGCCAUGAAAGGAGUCGGUACAAAAGACAGCAUCCUGAUUGAAAUAUUUGCCUCCAGGUCCAUCCAACAAAUCAAAGCUCUCCAGGAUGCCUACUUAAAAGAAACCAAGAAGCAGCUGACUGCUAAGCUGAAGAGUGAAGUUUCUGGAGAUUUUUCCACAGCGCUUACCCUCCUGGCUGAGGGUAAAAGGGAUAAGAGCAACACUGUAGAUGUAGGAAAAGCAAAGGAAGACGCCAAGGCCCUUUACAAUGCCGGGGAGAAGAAGUGGGGCACAGAUGAGUCCAAGUUUAUCGAGAUCCUCUGCCAAAGAAGCGUACCUCAACUCAGACAGAUUCUCAUCGAGUACAAGAACAUCAGCGGGAAGACGCUGCAGCAGAGCAUCGAAGGAGAAAUGUGUGGAGAGCUGGAGGAGCUCCUGGUGGCUGUCGUGAAAUGUGUGAAGAAUUUACCGGCGUACUUCGCAGAACUCCUGCAUCAGAGCAUGAAGGGCGGUGGUACCGAUGAGUCUACUGUGACCCGGAUCAUGGUGAGCCGGUCUGAGAUCGACCUGCUAGACAUCAGAGCAGAGUUUAAGAAACUCUACCAACACUCUCUGCUCUCUGUCAUCCAGUCCGACAUGUCGGGCGACUACGGUGAAUGCAUGAAGGCGAUCUGUGGAGGAGACGACUAACAUGUCGUUCAUUUGAAGCCAAAAAGAAGACGGUUUUCUUUCUCAUUCUGUCUGCCUUCUGUCCUUGCCUUCUCACUGAUGUAUUUAAUUCAUCCUUAAAUUAUAAAUUCAUUUAGCUUUAAAAAGUGUUGGAUUAUGACAGAAAACUAAAAUCACAGAUCAGUUAGUAUGCAUUUAUCAGACACACCAGAGAUGUACACAAGUAAUUUCUGUGACUUACAGUAUAUCUGAGACAUCCUCAUGUAAAACUGUUUUGGCUCUCCUUGAUCCUUAUUGGAAUUUUACAUUUACAAAAGGAAUUUUAUUAUCAACACUUCUUUACAAUAAAGGAAAGUUUCUAAGUGUGGAGAACUAUAAAACAAAGCAAAUUUAAAUGGCAGCGAGGAUUUCUUAAUGGAAGGAACUUUAGGCAAAUAAGGUUGGUUUAAACCCAGUUCUGUAUUCUACUGCUUCCUCAGGAGAUGGCAGGAAAACUGAAAACAAAGUGGAAUAAAAACUGUUUGAUUUCUUGUUCUCUCAAUAUUGUUUAAACAAUUGAUGUUCCUUGUUUGUGUCUAUUUUCAGUUCAUAAAAAAUAAAUGGGUUCACUGAUCACAAGGGAAAAUAUCUCUGUUAUUUAACAGGGUUUUACCAAAAAUCUGAAUAAAGUGAAUUUCUCAA